AUGGCUCAGGCCGAGGGCAAGCAGCAGACCAACAUACUGAAAGCUACGGAGAAUUUGCGCAGCCAUGAGUUCAUGGAUGAGGACCUUCGUGAAAGCACAUUCGGCGGUCGCCUCUCGCCCUUGGAAAAUAAGAGGGAUGAGAAGAGGGAAGAGCAGCGAAGGAAGGUCUUUCGAUUGGAGCUUUCCUCUGAUUCAGAAUCAGAUAGCAAAUCGAGGCAUAAGAAGAAAUCGAAGCACAAGAGCUCGAAAUCAAGCAAAAGGAGUCGUGAAAAGCAUAGAUCAAGGGAGGAGGAAGAGGUGAGGAAACCCAAACGCGAGAAGAUCGAGGAAGUGUCCAAUUAUAGCAAAAUCUCCUUGGCCGAUCUUUGGCGGAAGAACCAGGUCAUGACCAUGUUCUUUGAUCGUAUUGGGGACAAGGCGAACCUCGAGUAUGGGCACCCGUUCAAACUCGACGUCCCGAUGUACCGCAUCCAGAGGUUUUGGGCUGGAAAUGGUUUCAUGAAGAGGAGGACGGCGAUAGUUUCAAUGUUGGGUUUACCUUCCAUGGGAUUGAAGGGAGACGCACGUGGAACUUGGCGAUAUGUGCGAGCUCAGCAGAUUCUGAGGCUCCAGAGCACUCAGAUCAAGUUGUUGAAGUUGACUGCGCAGAAAGACGAGAAUUCUCAGCCGCUGAAAAGGCAGAAUGAAUUCAUCUCAAUCGUCGAUUCGAAGUCUGCUGAACUCUCUGCUGGGGAGAGUCUGGAAGAUGCCCUUGCAAGGAGAACUAAGGAAUUCAAUGUGUCGACACGAGAGCGUCCCAACGACAUCCAAAAUUGGUUGGCGUUUGUGAACCUUCAGGAUGAGUUCUUCAAGCUGUACAACAGGAAAAAUCAGAUGGCCAUCACUGAGAAGAAAGUUGCGAUCCUGAUCCGAGCUCUCAAGGAGAAUCCAAAGAACGAGGAGCUGCUCGUGAAAUAUCUUGAAACCAUUCAGGGCCAGUUGGAGCCUGAGAAAGUUCAAAGUUUAUGGGAGGCGGUCGUUGCAAAACACUCCAACAAACCUAAUUUAUGGAGAGCGUACUUGAUGCACAGAAGGGAAAUCUUGGAGACAGAAGAGUCGAUGAUCAGCUUGUUGGAGCAGCUGUUUGAGUUCGAGCGACAUGCGGGCUUCGAGGAGAGAGGGUUGGCUCUCUUGCAAGCUCUGGUCGAAUUCAACUGUUUCUGCCCUGCUAAAUUCGCUCGCGAUGAGAGCGAGGCAAGAAGAUUCUUCCAAAUGUUUUGGAGGAGCGAAGCUCCUCGGAUAGGGGAGGACAACGCUGGAGGAUUUGAUCAGUGGGUGCAGCAGCAGCAGCAGCAGCAGCAGCAGCCGCAGCAAAAAGAGACGAGCAGCGCCUGGGGAGAGAUCUUUACAACUCAGUCUACUGGACAGGAGGAGGAGGAAGCAGAGGGGGAGGGGAGAGAUUUACAGCUUCCUCAUCAGGAGAGUGGGACAGAGGAGCUCGGGGCCAACAAGGAAGACAUGGAGGAGGAGCGGAACGGAGAGGACAGGAAGACAGGUAGCGAUUCCGACGACAAGUCUUCGGAGGGGGAUAGCGAGGACGCGAGCGAGGCAGAGAGCUGGGAGGGGGAGGACGUUCAGUUCUGCGAGAUCUGCACAAGGAUCAAGGCGAUUGUCUCCUGUGUGGAGUGCGGCAAUGAGAUCCACCGUCAGACGAUUUCCAAGCAUUCGGUAAUGAUAGACAUGGAGAUGGAGAUGGAGAUGCAGAUGAUGGUGCUUCCCAUCAGCGCGAAGAUCAUCCAGCAGCAGCAGACCGAGGAGGACAGAGCGAGGAUGGUGCAGGAGGAGAACGAGAAAGUUCAGCGAUGGUUUGAGACCUGGGUGGAGGAGGAAGACAACCGGUCGUAUGCCCAAUGGCAGCCCCUCAAGCCCAACAAGGAUCCGGAGGACUACGAGCUGGAUCCAGAUCGUGCGCUGCUGUAUGAAGACGUCGAGCCGGUCCUUUUCCGCCUCCUCCUCCCUCGCUCCAGGGCUGCUCUCGUCAAGCUUCUUAUGCGCGCUCUCCGCGUUCCUCUGCCUGCUAGAUGCAGCACGCAGCAUCCUGUCUCCUUCACGCGCAUGUAUAUAUCAGAGGAGGCGUGCUGCCCCAAAUUCGCCCCCUCCUCUGCUGCAGAGGCUCUUGAGGGAGAAAGAAGAAAUCUCUGCUCCUGCGUCAACCUGCAUGGGGGAGCUAGUGAUUUCCACAACCUGCUGCAUGAUAUGAGAGCAGGAGCUGGGUUCCUGACGGAGCUCGUUUCCUCCUACUCUUCACUCCCUGCACAGAGGGUGGAGUCAUGGAAUCCUUCUCUUUUCGUGAGGGAGGGGACGCUGAGGCAGCUCGGGGGGAGCUGGGGAGGCGAAAAAGAUCUGUUGGCCGCUAUGCAGAUUGCAGGCAAUCCCAACUCGGACAUGGCUGGAUGGCCCAUCCUGUGCAAGACGCUGCUCGACUUGGAGCUCGGGUUGGGGCAUUGGGGAGGGAGCAAGGCAGUGGACAAGAGCACAGAAGCUGCAGCUCUCGUGAUCCUGACCUGCGUGACUGAUCCCUCCUCUUCCUCUCUCCUCCUCUCUCCUCCUCCGAAUGGUUUGACUCGUCCAAACCCCAUCGCUCUUGUCAAGACGAGAAAGGCCUUCGACGCUCUGUUCGAGGAAGUUAAAGCGAAGGCAGAGCAAGCGCCCCAGGAAGGGCACGGCCCCGUGGUCGAUGUGAUUGGCCUUGCAAUCUUACAAUCGGCCGUCUGGUUCGAAUAUUUUGCAUCAGGCGUUCAAUCUGCCAUGGCAACAUUUGAGAAACAAGUCUCAAUCAUCUUCACAGUUGUCAAUGUCUCAUCGGUACAGCAUGGCUUCAGUAAGAUCGCCGACACAAGAGCAAAAGAAGGAGCGUCAUGGGCUGAGGAAGAAUGCUACAUGGGAAUGUUUUCUCUCCUCAUGUUCCAUUCCAAACAUUUCGCGCUUCCUCCGGGCGACAUGAGACGCUUUUUGCAACGAGCGCUCGCGAAGUAUCCUUGCAACGGGAUCUUCUUUCGGGCGUUUGUGAUGCUUGAAGAACGCUUCGGUCUCUCGCACACAGUUCGAGCUCAUUGGGAGAAAACUUGGGACACCUCGGCUGAAAAAGAUCCUUCCAUACCCGGCCCCCCACCCUCCAUCGUCCUUGAGAUGAUCAGCUUUGAGAUCCGACGAGGAUGCGCUCAGAGGGCUCGUGGGGUGCUGGAGAGGGCUCUGCAACGAGCAGAGACGAAGCACAUCCCCCUCCUCUGGCGUGCCUACAUGGACCUCGAGGUUGACAACGGCCGACCGGAUGCAGCAAAGAGAGUCUUCUACCGUGCGAUUAAUGGCUGCCCUGGCUCCAAGGCCGUGUGGCUCUAUGCCUUCAGAAAUGAGCAGAUCCGCAAGCAGUUCAACAAGACGGAGCUCGGAGAGAUCAACCAGAUGCUCACGUCCAAGGGGCUUCGCAUCCGCACGCUGCUGGAGGAGGUCUUCCCCGAUGAUGUUCUUGACAGCCUCAAGCUCAAGAAGUAG